AUGCCAGCUUUCCGUUCACUCAAAACGCUCGUGCGGUCGCUAAGCACCACCGCUGGAUCCACAUCGGAGCUCGCUGGCACAGCCUCUCCACACCGAUGCUACAUCUUCUUACAUACCCCACAGCCGCCCAGCGAGUAUCCUGCCAAGUACGCAACCCCCGUUCAGCGCGCACUCCUUCUACGCACUGCUAAAUGGGGUGGGUCUGUCAAUUUUUCGUGGUCUGAGGACCAGAAAUCUGUUUGUGCACGACCACCUGGGGAGGAAGACAAACAGGAAUAUCAUCUGACAGCGUUUGCGUAUCCGCGGGGAAAGCUCGAGGCUACUGUGUCUAUGGACAACAUCGAGGAGGUGGGAGAAAAAUUGAGGGUGCAUGCUGAGGGUGUCUCUGGUGCUGCACUCUCGAAUUCAGAUGAUGUGCAUUUAUAUGUUUGUACUCAUGGUGCGCGAGAUUGUCGGUGCGGAGACACUGGAGGAGCAGUUGCCCAAGCCAUAAGGGAUGAGCUCCGCAAGCGCAGAGAUGCAGAUCCAAGUGAUCCCAGUACUUGCAUAAAGCUUGCAGAAGUGGCGCAUAUCGGAGGGCAUAAAUAUGCAGCAAAUCUUCUUGUGUACCCGCACGGAGAAUGGCUAGGUGAAGUAGAGCCCGAGAAUGUUCCAGACAUUCUAGAUGCUAUUUUGGCAUUACCAGUAUGUCCGCGCAACACUGACGAAAUACCUAUUUGUCCUCGCCAUUGGAGAGGUCGCAUGGGGUUGAGCAAGGACGAGCAGGUCCAGCUCUUGCAGCGAGCUUACUUAUGA